AUGACACAACAAGACAAAAUUACCAUUUUACCGUUUUACGGAGGAGCAAAAGGCCAAUCGCUGCAGAUAAUCGAAAAACCCGACGGAUCCGUCACAACGAACAUAAUAAAAACCCCACCACAAACCGAGACCACCAAUUUCGAUAACGACGUGAACCCCAUCGAGUGGGAGAAUCCCCCUUUACCCACCAAAUUCGACACGGAGGACUUCUCGGACAAUCUGCGGAAGGUGCAAGGCCUGGCGGCGAAAAUAAUCAAGCUGCAGGAGAAGCUCAAAGAGACCGGCAGGCUUACAUCCUCCGAAGAAGCCGCCUACAAGGAGAACAUGGAGACUCUGAGCGAAUCCGCUCAGAAACUCGCCGAAUCCCAAGACGUCGGUGGUUCCAUCGAAAACAGAGAAGGCAUUAGCGCUUGGCUGGAAAACAGAAAGACCACGACCAGCAAAACCAAGCCGAAGAAGAAAGACGGAGACGACCAGAAGAAGAAAGUCGAGGAGGACAAGAAACGCAAAGCCCAAGAAGAGCAAAAGAAACGGGAGGAAGAGAAACGUAAGCAAGAAGAAAUGGAAUCGCAGAAGAAAAAAGCCGAAAAGGAAAAAGAGAACGAAGAGGAAAACCAUAAAGGGGAAAAAGAGGAACAAGAAGGCGAUAGCGAAACUAUCGGCAUCGAAUUGCCUGCAGAGGAUGCUUCAGUAGCUGAAGCUAAACCUAUUGGACUUUCUGUAGCAGGUGUAGGUGGCGUAGCUUCGAGCAAACCCAUAGCAACGGCUGUUGUGGGUCCUGGGGGGUUGGCUGUGGCGCGUCCAGUGGGUACUGCCAUAGCAGGAGUGGAUCCGGAGCAAGCUUUGAUUCCGGUGUACGCAGGAGAUUAUGUCUUGGGCUCGAAACCGCCGAAGAACGGCAGCAGCGAGAAGGCCAAUGAAUUUUUGAGUAGAAUAAUCAGCAAAUUUCAUCAGAUUUAGUUUCGAAUGAAGUUUAGGUAGAUAC